AGCAUCAGCACGUCCAUUUUCCGCCCACGUGUCUCCUGGAGUAUCGCCAAGAGUCGAGAAGAGGACCCUCACGAGAUUCUGGUCUCCACCCCAUCGCCUCGAUUCACCACCCAAAUCACCUCAACUCCUCCUCUCUCGCUACUCCACUCAGCUCCUCCUCCGUCCUCAGCUCCUCCUCCGCCACCUCCCUCUGCUUAUCCUCAUCCUCCGCCGUCUCUCUCUCUCUCUCUCUCUAACCAGUUCGCGGUUCCAUGGGACGCAGGCAGUCGCAUCUCCACACGAACAUUCCUCGCCAGCUCUAGAAACCUCCAGAAGAUUCUUCCGCUGUUGACUUUCUGCUUCCGAGAGCCCGAUGGCGCAGCUUCGUUGCAUUCUUCUCCUCGCUUUCCUCUCCUCUCUGCUUCCUGCUCUUCGCGCCAGUGAUGGCGAUGCUGAUCCGAUUUACAAGUCUUGUGUGGCGGAGUGCGAAAAAUCUGGGUGUGUAGGGGACACAUGCUUUCAACACUGUAAAUUUUCAUCCGAUGGGAAACCUAUUGAUGGUCCGUGGUACAUGCAAGAGCCCCUCUAUUUGCGCUGGAAACAAUGGGACUGCCGCAGUGACUGCAGGUACCACUGCAUGUUUGCAAGGGAGGAAGAGAGAGAGGAACUCGGCCAUAAGCCUGUCAAAUACCAUGGGAAAUGGCCGUUUCAGCGUGUUUAUGGCAUCCAGGAACCGGUUGCUGUUGCUCUCUCCGCUAUCAAUCUUGCCAUUCAAUUUCAUGGCUGGAUAUCUUUUUUCAUCCUUAUAUACUACAAGUUGCCGUUGAAUCCAAAUAAGAAGACGUACUAUGAAUAUACUGGUAUGUGGCACAUCUAUGGGAUCUUGGCAAUGAAUGCCUGGUUUUGGAGUGGUGUAUUUCACAGCCGAGAUGUCGAGUUGACAGAGAAGCUAGAUUAUUCUUCUUCUGUAGCACUACUUGGAUUUUCACUCAUUGUGACCCUAAUUCGAGCGUUUAAUGUGAGAGAUGAGGCUGCAAGGGUCAUGGUUUGUGCUCCGCUGAUUGCAUUCGUCACCACACACAUACUGUACCUGAACUUCUAUAAACUUGAUUACGGUUUGAACAUGAAAGUGUGCAUGGCCAUGGGCAUCAUUCAGCUUCUUACAUGGGCAGUUUGGGCUGGUGUCAGUUGCCAUCCAUCGCGCUGCAAGUUGUGGGCGGUAGUGGCAGGAGAAGCCCUUGCCCUGCUCUUCGAGAUAUAUGACUUCCCACCUUACCAAGGCUUUAUUGACGCGCACGCUCUCUGGAAUGCAAUCAACAUACCUAUUACAUACCUCUGGUGGAGUUUUGUGAGGGAUGAUGCCGAGUUUGUUACAUCGGCUCUCCUUAAGAAAGCAAAGUAGUAGAUCUGAAUCGAAAAGCAUGAAGUGAUCCAAUGGUGGAUUGUAUCAAAUACUCGAAAGUACAUGACAUGCUCAGCGCAGUUAGUUCGUAAAAUGUUCUCCUUUUUUCCUCAUGUGUAUGCGUUUCUCCGAAAUGCUUACCGUGAUGUGGUUCCGUUUGAUUUUGCAUUUCGCAUUGGUAUCGGUCAAAUUGUUUCCGCCGUCUACGGUGGGCUACUUCCUCUGAUGGAAUCCGGAUUUCCAGGUCGUUGUGUUGGUUUUUUUUCCUGGAAACUUUUAGAUGUAAGAUUUGAAUUCUCAAGUUACUGAAUUGUGCUGUAAAUCUUUGUCGAAUACCAUUUUAGGAUGUUGUGUGGUGAUGUUGUUUAUGCAGUGUUGGAAUAGCUUAUGGAGAAAGGUACCAAUAAAAAAAAAAUAGUAAAAAGCUUUUGCUGA